ACGUGGUCGGUGGUCGCUCCUGCCCGCUCGCAAAGUUCCCGCGGCUCCAUGUUCUUGAUUGAGAUAAGAUUAUGGACAUUAACCUGAGACAUCUGUGACGGUCGCUGCUUGACGGGUGGAGCAAGUGGAACGCGUUUAUUUUUUGUCGAAGCUUACAACGAAGCAGUCUUUGCGCAGUGUCGUCAGACAGACAGUAUACGUUGUUUCAUGCUCUUGGUAAGUGCGUAGUAUAUACUAUCGCGCACAAACUAUACCAAAACGCAUCUGUGCCGACAAAAUUUGAGAGUCCAAAGGCAGCUGAGGCAGCGGCCAACGUUACGUAGCGGGUAAGUCUUACGUAACCUGCCACUCGGAAGGUCACCUCGUUGGACAGGAAGCCGGCCAGUAGUCCGAUACGACGUUGGGCAAGAGUCUCCGAUAAGAGCCAUUUGACUGUUCUACGCUAAUCUGCUGAUAAAAAAAGCAGCCAUGUCUCAGGAAGUGGCCAAGCCGGCCCAGGUGCACGCCAUCCACGCCAACACCCUGCUAGAGCACCUGAGCACCUUGGACAUCAACCAGGCGCCGUCUUUCGUGCGACUCACGGGCAUCAUAUGCACCAUCGGUGAGGACCCUUUGCCUCGCUCACACCGAUUCAUUCAUUUCGUUUUUCGGGUGUCUCUCGUAUUGCGUUGCCGAAUCGUUAAAAAUUUAUCGUAAAUCUAGCUUUAAAAAAAAAAAGUGAAAACGUGUAAGUUAGAUUAAAAUUAUAUUGUUCUUCACAUUUUACGAAAGUUCAAAUUAAGUUAAGCUUUGGCCUUUGGAGCUAGGUUUCCCCCAUGAUGCGGCAGCACAGCUCUCACAUUUUCAGGUAAUGGAUCACUUGCGCAUCUCUUGCUUUUAGUAGCCUGUAGCCUUUACCUGAACUGCAAGAAAAUAUUUUGAGAUGCUAUAGGGUAAUAUCCCUCAUAAGCACCGGCCAACUGUUAUUAUUAUGAGAGUUUGCUUGGGCGGAGCUAACUAAUCGGGCGUUUAGCAUUAACCCUGUGCUGCUUGGAUUAGUUGUGCAAAAGGCAUUUAAUAGGCUGUUUGUUUCAGCUUUUAGAGGUCUUGUAGCUGUGGUAGCUCUUGGUGAAGAGAAGAUUUGAACCUCUCACUCAAAUCUUAUAUUGUAGAAGAACCUGUGGUUGGGCUGAUUGGUGAACGUUGGAAAUCAGUCUGUUCAUUUCCAGCGCCUGUAUGUCUGUUUUCUCUCUUGUGCCCAUUGUUUUUUGCACCUUACACCAUGAUUUCCAAAUCUUAUAUUGUGAACCUGAGGGAUGCAUUUUUUUACUUAAAUAGUUCUUCCAAUAUAUAUAUUUUUUAUAAAAACUUUGGAACUUCUUUUUAUAGCCUUUUUUGGUAUUUCAAGUGGCAGCAUGAAAACAUAAUUUCUGGAAUUCCAGGCCCUGCUUCGAAGGAUGUGCCGGUGCUGGUUAACAUGAUGAAGGCUGGCAUGAACAUUGCCAGGUUGAAUUUCUCCCAUGGUACUUAUGAGUACCACGCAGGCACCAUCAAGAAUGUGCGGGAGGCAGAGCGUUUGCUGAAUGAGGAGGUGAAACCUGAUACGCGCCAUGUUGCAAUCGCCCUCGAUACCAAGGGCCCAGAGAUCCGCACCGGGCUUCUCAAAGGGGGGCCAUCAGCAGAAGUGGAGCUUGUGAAGGGGGAGAUGAUUACCAUCACGACAGACCCAUCAUUCAAGGAGUCCUGCGAUGAAAAGACACUUUACGUCGACUACGAGAACAUCACCAAGGUUCUGAAUGUAAACAGCAAGAUUUUUAUCGACGACGGCCUUAUUUCAGUGGUGGUAAAGCAAGUUGGGCCCGUGUCCCUGGAGUGCUUCAUUGAGAAUGGAGGCAUGCUGGGCAGCAAGAAGGGGGUGAACCUGCCGGGGGCACUGGUCGACCUGCCAGCAGUGUCAGAGAAGGACAAGCAAGACCUCCUCUUCGGCGUGGAGCAAGGGGUGGACAUGAUCUUUGCAUCCUUCAUCCGAAAUGCAGCUGGUGUGAAAGAAAUUCGCAGCGUGCUCGGAGAAAAGGGAAAGGAUAUCAAGAUCAUAUGCAAGAUCGAAAACGAUGAGGGCGUUCGAAAGAUCGACGAGAUCAUCGACGAAACAGACGGCAUCAUGGUGGCUCGAGGCGACCUGGGCAUCGAGAUUCCCCCCGAGAAGGUGUUCCUGGCUCAGAAGAUGAUGAUCGCAAAGUGCAACAUGGUCGGCAAGCCAGUCAUUUGCGCCACUCAGAUGCUGGAGAGCAUGGUGAAGAAGCCUCGGCCCACGCGUGCCGAGGCCUCUGACGUGGCCAAUGCGGUGCUGGACGGCGCCGACUGCGUGAUGCUCUCCGGCGAGACAGCCAAGGGGGACUACCCGCUGGAGACGGUGCAGAUCAUGCACGCCAUCUGCGUGGAGGCCGAGGCGGCCUUCUACCAGAAGGACGUCUUCAUCCACCUGUCGCACAUCGCCCCGUGCCCCACGGACGGCACCCACACCAUUGCCAUCGCUGCCGUCAGCGCCUCUAUCAAGUGCCUCGCCUCGGCCAUCGUGGUCAUCACCACCACUGGGAGGACGGCCCACCUGAUAGCCAAGUACCGGCCACGCUGUCCCAUCUUGGCCAUCUCGAGGGUUGAACAGACCAUCCGCCAGUCCCACCUCUACAGGGGUAUCCUGCCUCUGCUCUAUUCAGGCGACCGCCACCCAGACUGGCCCAUGGACGUGGACUCCCGCAUCGAGUACGCCCUCGAGAUCGGCAAGAGCCGCGGCUUCCUGCGCAAGGACGAUGCCGUCAUCGUGGUGACAGGGUGGCGCAAGGGCGCCGGAGCCACCAACACCCUGCGCAUUGUGUACGUCUAGAGCUCGGGAGCUGGGACGCGGCUAGGGCCUGUCGGCGUCACUAGAGUGUGCCGCGAAUUGUCAAAGGGUCUCCCCAAUGCGGAGGAUGUGCAGAAAAAUCCAAACGAAGCGCGAAUCAGAGUGUUGGGUCGUAGGACCUGCGCAGGAGUCGGAUAGCAGUCUUUCAUAGCCCUUGCGGUUCAAAACUAAAUUAUAGGACCUUUGGUCGGUCUCUGCACAAAACUAAAUUAUUUGACCUUCGGUCGGUCUCUGCACCGAGAAGGCUGUAAAUUUUGUUGCAUUGAUAUUUAUUUGGGCCAGGAUUGCUGUGCACGAGCACAUAGUAGUUGCCGCACUUUUGCGGACCUUUCUCUGUAUGGUUCAUAUGUUUCGAACUCCUGGCUGUCUGUAAGAGAAUAGAGCGCAUUAGUCUGGGCACAUUUAAGCGGCUCUGGAAGCGGUAGCACGUCCCAGAUACUGUGGCUUCUUCCGCAAAACUUGCUUCGUGCAAGCCUCAUUUCAUUGUUCCGACGACAAGAGGGAAUUCUUUUGGACAUGUUUUAGCGGAUAUUGCCAGCUCGUUUGCAAGGAGGGAAACUUGCGAGCCUUCGUUACAAUCGUGUUACCUCGAGUAAUUUUUUGAUGGCCCCUUCCCCAAACAUAGUAUUUGUGAGACCUGUGGAAAAGCUGUACAUAAUGAAGUAAUUGAGGUCUGCAUCAUGCAGUUGCCACUGAAGUGAGGUAGCCUGCAUACAUAUACCCUUACGACCCGAAUAUGAUGUAGAAUGUAUACCUGUUGUGAAAAAACGGUCUCUGGACGCCCGACGGGGGUGGGGGGCGAUGGGCCAGGCUACCUUUGACUGCCGCUGUAUUUGUUGUGGAGUGAACACGUGCUCUGUAACCACUGCCUUCACAAUCUGUGGCGGUUGCAUUUUGCUCUUUGUGGUGUUAAUUUUAGGCAUCUUUAAAACUGGAUAGCCAUUACAGAUUUUUGUUUAGGUAUGUCCGCACCCAUCCACUAGAAGAAAAACAAUGUUAUGCUUGCUUUUUACAAGCUUUGGAGGUUGUCUUAUUGAAUCAACAUUGCGCUUAAUUUGAUACCUUGCAGCUGUCUUAUUUCAGUCUGUGAUAGCUUUUUUUUGAUGGAGGUCAACAUAGGCAUACCUCCGUGUUGCUUUUUCUCUAGUCCUAUUGCACAAUUUUGGCUUCUAUUUAUUACACACUGAUGUAGCAGUUUAGAUUCUUUUUUUUUUCUUUCUGCAAAAUAUAUUUAAUGUACAACUGUUGCAGAGCUUCUAUGCGCACUUUACAUUGUUGUCUUUGGGGCUUUUUUUUUUUUUUUUUCCUUUUUGGGCUACAUAGGGCUUAUAUGCACUCUGAACAUACAUAUGUUGCGGCUCUAUACACGUCUAAUUUUACUCAAUUUUCAAAGUGGUGUUAAGUUAUGCGGCUUUAUAAUACUGUAAAACGUCUUGAAUGUUACUUGUUUCAUUUCCCUGAAUAAUAAAGUUUUCCCGUCCUGAAAAGGAGGGAGACAAGGG